GGAAAAAGCGUUGAUAGCUGAGUGGGUCAUCCGAGUGUUAGUCAGUCAGUCACUCCAGUUAGUUACUUAUCAGCGCCGGUGUAGUGAUAAGCUCCAAAGUUAGUGACUUGGUAGUUGUAGGAAAUCGUCUUCUGCAUACAUAUGCGUACUUUGAGGUUUUUACAGGACACAAGACAUUUUGUAAUCAAUCAUCGUUGACAAUGGAUCGUUACAUGAGCGCGCUGGUUGUCUACCUGUUGUGCAUUUUGCUUCCUCUCUCUCCGGAUCUAUUGUUGGUUGGUGGUCAAAUCAAUAUCCCAGGUCAGGACAACACCGCUUAUCUCAAUCCAAACAGUCGUCCACAAUUUGAUUUGGAUCCAAGGUUGAAGGAUGAACGGCUACGAGAAGGCAUCUGGCAACUUUUCCAAGAGUUCUGCCAGAGAAAAGCUCUGGAACGUCACCGCCCGGAUCCCGGAGGAUCCCCCCUCUACUCCACAGCACCACCCCUCCCACCACUAGCACCACGAUAUUCCACCACUGUGGCCCCUCCACCACUGGUCAUCCCUCCGCGCAGGGAUACCGAUGAACGGUUGAAAGAAGAACUGCUGCAGACGUAUUUGAACCAGCAGGACCGCAAGCUAUAUGAGCAGGGCCAGCAGCCACAAUACGGGGCGGAUGUCAGUCAGAGGCCGCCCUCGGCGGGAGGAGUGGGUCCGCGCCCCCUCACAGAGCAGGCGCAAACGGUGCACGACCAAGAGGUGCGAGCCGUUUUGGCGCAAAUUGAUAAUGUGGCCACCGACCAGUGCCGGCUCAACGUGCAUGCGCAGUGGGACUUUGAGACGUCGGUCAGCGAUGUCUCGCAAGUGCAGGCCUUGGAAGCGCAAGAAGCCUACACAGAACUGCAGGCCAGAAUCCAGAAGCUGAUAUCGAAUAUUCCUCGGGAAGGAGUCCGUGAUUUCCGUCUUCGACGUCAGCUGAAUUUACUCAGCGUGAUUGGAGCAUCGGCUCUUCCGCCUGACCAACGUCAUAGGUACCAUAGACUUAUAAACGAGAUGUUGGCCGUGUACAAUAGUGCCACAGUUUGUGCUUACAAUGAGCCACUUCGUUGUGAUCUCAGGCUAGAACCGGAAGUGAGUGUGAUAAUGGCUCAGAGCAGAGACUGGGACCAGCUGCAACACACGUGGGUGGAAUGGCAUCGUAGGAGUGGCUUGAAGAUCAGAGAUCUCUAUGAACAAUUGGUGGAGCUCUGCAACUAUGCUGCCAACCUUAAUAACAUGACAAAUUUCGCCGAGUACUGGAUGUGGCCGUAUGAGACUCCCGGCCUGAGGUUCGAGCUGGAGGAGGUGUGGGAGGAGAUUCGUCCUCUGUACGAGCAGCUGCACUCCUAUGUGCGCCGCAAGCUGAGAGAUCUCUAUGGCCCAGAGAAGCUCAGUCGCGAAGCUCCACUGCCUGCUCAUAUUCUAGGAAAUAUGUGGGCUCAAUCGUGGACGAAUAUUCUUGAUGUUACCAUUCCUUAUCCAGGGAAAAAUUACCCAGAUGUCACACCUCAAAUGCUUCAACAGGGUUACACACCAGCCACCCUUUUCCGAUUGGCUGAGGACUUUUAUCUUUCGAUGAACAUGAGUGCCAUGCCGCCUGAGUUCUGGGAACGCUCCAUAAUCCAGCAGCCGCACACUCCCGCCAUAUGCCAGCCGUCCGCCUGGGACUUUUGUGAUGGUCAAGACUACAGAAUCAAGAUGUGUGCCCAGGUAAACAUGAAAGAUCUCAUAACAGCUCAUCAUGAGAUGGCGCACAUACAAUACUUCAUCAACUACAGAAACCAACCAAAAGUAUUCAGAGAUGGAGCUAAUCCAGCUCUGCACGAAGCGAUAAGCGACGCGAUAUCUCUGUCGGUGUCGACGCCGCGACACCUGCAGCAGCUGGGCUUGCUGAACAACGCCGUGGAUGACACGUCACACAACAUCAACCACCUGUUCGCGCAGGCCCUUGAGAAGCUGCCCUUCCUGCCCUUCAGCCUCGCGCUCGACUUCUGGCGAUGGGACCUGUUCCAGGGCAAUGUGCCCAGGGACCGCUACAACUGUCAUUGGUGGGAUCUCAGGGAAAAAUAUGGAGGAGUCAAGCCGCCUGUUCUGCGAUCUGAAAACGAUUUUGAUCCUGGUGCAAAGUAUCAUGUUCCAGCCAAUAUACCCUACAUAAGGUACUUUAUCGGGACAGUGCUGCAAUUCCAGCUGCACAGAUCGAUGUGCCUGGCGUCGGGAUGGGGUCAGAAUCCAUCGCGGCAGCCUCUGCACAAGUGCGACAUCUACCGUAGCAAGGAGGCUGGCAACAUACUCAAGAGGCUGAUGGAGAAGGGGGCAUCCGAACCAUGGUCGGAGGUGCUGUUUUCAGCGACUGGGGAGUCACGGCUGGAUGGCAGAGCUUUGAGAGACUACUUCCGGCCCCUGGAGGAAUGGCUUCGUAGUGAAAACCUCAGAACAGGCGAAAUCAUUGGCUGGUCUUAUGAUGGAGACUACUGUAAAUACAGUAUAGAAACAGCAAACCUUCAAGUAUAUGGUGGAUUCUAUGGAGCUGCAUCAUCACUCGAAUCUUCUGUUUUGGUGCUACUCUUCACCACUAUUGUACUUGUCUAUCUUUCAGCCGUCAAACAUGCUAUAUAAUUUAUGUAUAUCAUGGAGUGUAAAUAAAAUAGAUUAUUUGUGGAGACACCAUAAUACAGUACUCAAUUGAUUCAGCCAUCGGAAUAAAAAAUGAAACUAACUACUAUUAUAAUUUAUUAUGAAAUAAAAUUAUAUUUUAUCGUUUGUUA